AUGAACAACCUCCUGACCGUAGCAGGCAUGAUGCAGGCGGUCAAAGAUACCCUUCGGCUUCGUGAAGGCAGCACACUGCUGGAAUGUGUCUGUGUGAAUCAGUCGGGAGGGCCCAUGCUGAAGCAGAGCGGAGCCUACCCACGAGCUUUUGGAGAGUUCGUUACAGAGCAAUUCAAGGCUGAUUGGCUGGGGCAGGGGUGUGCCCAUAUGUGGGGUUUCAAAAUUAAGGGGUCCGCAGGACAGCCUCCUGUGAAGCUGGCUGUGGAUUUGCCAGAUGACCUGUCGUCCAUCCAUAUUGAGAGGGCACCGUUUGACUGGGCACAUGCUGAUUUACAACCCCUAAGGGAUUACCUUUUGCAGGCCAAAGAGGCUGGCAAAUUUGAGAAAAGUGCCGCAGUGCGAGAAGCCUUGAAAAAGGCAGCUGAGCUCAGGGUGAAGGUUGCUGCUGAACACAGCCUCGAUAUUGGGGAUCGGGCUGUGAAGCGCAAGAAAGACAAGGUGGCUGCUUUUGAGUCGAUGGACCCUUCACAACUUGCGUUCAUAAAGCAUCUGAUUGCAGAAGCAGAAGCCAAGCGGCACACGGCACCAGCAGAAACCACAAACACUGAGACCAAACCUGCAAGCGUAGGUGGCACACACGCAGAGGUUUCCAUGGAACGCCCAGCUCCUGUUGCAACACCUUGCCGCACGGAUGCCACCAUUCCAGCCCCUAGCAAAACAACCGUAGAAUAUGUGAAGAACGCAGAUGGGAGUGAAAACAAUGGUCAAACCAGUGCAAAGCUGAGACAGUUUUGGUCAAAAUAUGUUGUCAGCCCUGAAGCAGCGAAGCCAGCUGAGAACAUCACCCCACCGACUGCCUCCGCCCCCAGUGCAACAGCGACACCUGCAACCACGGCUCUUGACAGUCCUGGGGCAGACACACAGCCUCACGAGCCCAUGCCACCUGCACCUGAACCCAGCAGCAACGCUCCCACACCUGCUCCCAGUGCAGCUCCUGCAGCAAAACCUGAUGAUCCGAUGUCGCCUGCUGAAACCCCGAAGCCUGCUGAGACCCCUGCUGAGACCCCAAAGCCUGCUGAGACCCCAAAGCCUGCUGAGACCCCAAAGCCAGAGGCACUUUCCAGAAGGGAACAGGUCCGAGCAAAGAUAAUGAAAAUGGAUGAAUUGCAGUACGAGACUUUGGUGAAAGAAAGUGUGGCCCACCCAUAUUUUGAAACAUACUUCAAAAUGUCAAAGCCAACGGAUCCAGAGGAUGAGGUUGAAGAUGCGGUGAACUGGCUAAUGUGGUUAGAUGAACAGCUCUACGCACCUGACUCACCUGACCCUCGAGAUCCUGGAGGGAUUUGCCGCCUGCCCACACUCAUCCUUGGGGAAACACACCCAACAGUGGAAUCACCACCUGCAGAAAUUCCACAGAGCAAACCCACUGAGACCCAACCUGCACAGAAGACACCGCCAGCAGUGCCAACAGCAAGUGUUGACAAUGUGCGUGCAACAUUGUUGCGCGCAACAACUGUUGACCUUCAGAAGUCACCAGGCACAGCACCCGAAGUCACCACUCAGCUGGAGCCGAAAGAUCCCAAAGUUUUGCCAAAGGUAGAGCCGACAGCUGCAGCAGCAACGCCAGCAGCCCAGCCGCCGAAUGCACCUGCAGUGACCCCAAGCCAGCGGCCCAAUGACACAGCAGAGACAGCAGAAGACAAAGCAACAGCAGCCCAGAAAAGGAUCCGCGCAAUCAAGGGGAAGUUUCAUCGCAGCAUCAGAAGCAAAUAUGCACCACCAGAAGUGGUGGCAAAGCAAAGGGAACUUGCUGGCAGCCUAACCCUUAGUCGAGAUCCAAAAGCUUGGACGCAACUCUUUGAAGAGUGGCUCCAAGCUGACCAAGAUUGGCUGAAGUCAAGUUUGGUUGUCACUGCCCGGAAUGAGAGAGAGAAUGCGUUGCAGGGCCAGUGGAAACUUAUGAGCAAAGCAGAACUGGAUAUGAAAUACACCGAUACGACGUUGGUGGAUGAUCUCAUCGAACGCAAGGUUGCUGAGGGGAUGACUGCUGAGAACCCGGACUUUCCGGGACGCAAGGAGCCGCACCUCAUGCUCUAUUGGUGUUGGGAUUCUACAACGAGUACUGACACCAAUCGAAAUUCUUCGGCUGUGGCGUCAUCUUCUUCGGGGGCUAUCCGAAACACCGAUGCCAGUGCUUUCUCAGCUGGUAACCUCCCCAUGGUAGCAGCCCCGGGAGAUCCAAAGGGGGCUGGGAAGGGGAAGGGUGUCGUGGAUGAUGGGCAAACUGGGAAUGGAGAGAAGGGAAAGCCAAAGGCCAAGGCCAAGCCCAAGGGCAAGAAGGGUGGUGGUGAGGCCAAGGAAGGUGAUCAGAAUGGGAAACCAAAGACAAAGACCCCGGAGCAAGCUAUGAAGACUGCCGCUGACUUGAUCCUUGAGUGCAAAUCUUGGGAAUCGAAGCUGAAGUCCAGCAACACGCCGCAGGAUCUGAUCACGGCUUUGGUUCGUGACAUGGCGGGCCACUUGGGUGGGUUGGAACAAGCCCGUGGCGACGUCGAAGCCGCAAUUGCCGCUGGACAAGAAGGUGAUAGCCUACUGACUGUGAACCAAACCUUGGCACAGCGGAUUUCCGACUACAAGAAAGCUGCGGGGCAUUGCAAGAAGCAUGCCCCAAAGGCGAAGCCAAAGGCUUCUGCUAAGUCUGCGGCCACUCCGCCGGAGCCGUAG